GCCGUGCGUAAGUGAUGGCCAACUCUAGCUGGAUGUAACCAUUGAGAAUCGAGGUAAAUAUUGGUCAAUAACAGCGGAGAACGCUGCAAUUGCGGAUUAUUUGGGAGUCAAGUGCGCGUUGCCGGCAGCGAAAAUGCACGAGGAUGAUCUGAAGAGUCAGUUGACCAUCGCGCGGAACGAGAUCAACAAUCUCAGGCAGCAAGUGCGCAACCUGCAGCAUGUGCAGCGCAAGGACAUUGAGACGAUAACCCGCCUGCUGCAGGACUUCCGCUGCGAGGGGUGUGCGAACAACAACAAAAGCGCCAAGGACAAGGUCGCCGGCGAGAAGCAGGAGCACCAGCACCAACAGCAGACGCAGGACCAGCAGACGGGCCAAGGUCAGAGCAAUUAUACCAAUGGUGGGCACUGCUUGGGAGAGGACUACGCACACUUUCGGCCCAUAGGAGUGAUCCGGACAGCAUUCCCAGAGAAGCGGGCCGUGCCGAGGCAGUCAAUUGUGGGCAGUCGCCUGCGGGGUAUCAUCCAACUGAACGACGGUGUGUUCACCAAUCCGGAGCACUCCUUGGAGGGACUAGAGGACUUUUCCCAUCUGUGGCUCAUCUAUCAUUUUCACCGCAACAAUUCCCACCCCAAGGCCAAGGUGGCGCCUCCCCGUCUUGGUGGGGAGCGGGUGGGUGUGUUUUCCACACGAUCUCCACACCGCCCGUGUCCCAUUGGUCUCUCGUUGGUGGAGAUUGAGAAGAUCGAGAACGCCACCAUUAGUUUCUUUGGUACGGACAUGGUAGACGGCACACCCGUGUUGGACAUUAAGCCCUACAUUCCACACUACGAUGCACCAUCCUUGAGCGUUGACUCAGGUACGUUGGACGAGAAUCAAGCAGAAAUGCAACUAAAGUUCUUGCCCCGGACAGGAAGAACCUCUGUUGGACCGCAUGAGAGCAGCCUGGACUUCUACGACUCCAGACAGGAGCCUGACGGAGAGGAAUCGGACCUGGAACUGUAUGGAGCAGCUGGCUACAGCGGGAACGCGGGCAUUGGAGCUGACGCUAUUCUGCCGCCACCCAGCGCCGUGCGAGUGCCCAACUGGGUGGUGGCCAGCAAUAGACUUAGCGUGACCUUUAACGAGCAUGCCGAGGCGCAGUUAAAGGAGCUGCAGGUGGAGAAGCAGUGCAUCGUGGACAUUCUGGAGGCGGAUCCGCGCUCCGUUUACUUGCGCACAAAAUAUGGCUCGCAAAUAUUUACCUUCCAGCUGCGGGAGGUCACGGUGACGUGCAAAUUUGAUGACAAGGCCGGCACGGUGACUGUGGUUCAGGUCCGGCGCAACGAGAAUGUCCAGGUUACCGCCCUGGACGGCGACCUGCGCAGCGCCUAACUUAUGGAUUAUUGCAAUUGAUAUUCGUUAAUUGACGAUUUGUGUUAAGCUUAAGUGUAUUGUGUUGAGGAGCUUUAACCUUUGGCGUUUCAAUUUUGCUCUAGAAUACAGGACAUUCUUAAAUAUAUGUAUGAGGCUUGUUUCCCACGC